AUGACGGCCGCUACGAUUCUCUGCUGCAACUGCGGCGCCCCCAUCGACGGCACCACUGCCGCCAACGCCCUCUGCUUCGACUGCAUCAAGUUGACCGUCGAUAUCUCCUCCGGCGUCCAGCGCGAAGCGACCCUCAACUUCUGCCGAGACUGCGACCGCUGGCUUCUUCCUCCCAACAGCUGGGUUGUCGCCGCCCCUGAGUCCCGCGAACUCCUCGCUCUCUGUCUGAAGAAGCUGAGAGGUCUUGCAAAAGUCCGCAUUAUCGAUGCCUCCUUCGUGUGGACCGAGCCGCACUCGAGACGAGUAAAGGUCAAGAUUACCAUCCAGGAUGAGGUUCAGAGCGGCGUUCUCCUCCAGCAGGCCUUCGAGGCCGUCUAUAUCGUCGCAUACCAGCAAUGCCCAGACUGCGCAAAGUCAUACACCGCCAACGUCUGGCGCGCAUGCGUCCAGGUCCGACAGAAGGUCCUGCAUAAGAGGACGUUCCUCUUCCUCGAGCAGUUGAUUAUGAAGCACGGCGCGCACAGGGAUACGCUGAACAUCAAGGAGGCAAAGGACGGAAUCGACUUCUUCUUUGCCGCGAGGAAUCAGGCCUUGAAGUUUGUCGACUUCCUCAACUCCGUCGUGCCUUGCCGCAUCAAGAAGGCCCAGGAGCUCAUUUCUCAAGAUAUCCACACUUCCACAAAAUCCUACAAGUUCACCUACUCAGCCGAACUUAUUCCCAUAUGCCGUGACGAUCUUGUCGCCAUGCCCAUCAAGCUGGCCAAGUCUUCCGGUAACAUUUCUCCCCUGAACAUCUGCUACAAGAUCGGAACUGCGGUAUACCUCCUCGACCCCAACACUCUCCAAACAGCAAGCAUUCCCUCAGACAUCUACUGGCGAGCUCCGUUCACCUCGCUGGCGGAUGUAAAGUCUAUGGUCGAGUUUGUUGUCAUGGACAUUGAGCCGACCGGUAUCUCAAAGGGCAAGUGGCUCCUCGCUGAGGUGCAGGUUAUGCGCGCGGCGGACCUGGGCGUCAACGACAAGACAUACUUCGCCAGGACGCAUCUCGGUGGCCUCCUCCAUGCAGGAGACUCCGUCAUGGGAUACAUGCUCACCGGCACCAACUUCAACAACCCCGAGUUCGACGCCAUCGAGGAGUCGCACGCCUACGGUUCCACGAUACCCGACGUCAUGCUCGUCAAGAAGCACUACCCGCGCAAGAAGAAGAACCGCAACCGCAACUGGAAGCUCAAGCGCAUGGCCAAGGACGAGGGCGAGCUGCUUCCCAAGAAGGCCGACCAGGACCGCAUGGACGAGGAGUACGAGCAGUUCCUCCGCGACGUCGAGGAAGACGACGAGUUCCGCUCCACCAUGGCCGUCUACCGUUCCCAACAGCAACAGAAGCCCGUCGACCCCGAUGCGAUGUCCAUCGCCGAGACCGAGGACGACGACGAGGCGCCGAGAGUCGACAUGGAUGAGCUCCUGGACGACAUGGAUGAACUGCAGAUUAACGAUCAAGCUUAA